AUGCCAGCGCCUCGACGAGCGCUGCGUCCUCCAAGUCCCGCACCAACCAGCGACUCCAACUGCACCAGUCCGCAGUAUCAGGCCAUCUCCACGCCUACACGAACGAGUACGCAAGAGUUCGACUUGCUAGCGGACGAGGUGGCACGUAGUCGCAGUCACUCGCACGCUCUAUCGGCAAUCUUAGGGGCCAACGGUCGCGUCUCAGUGUCGGCCUCGACGUCCAUGGACUGGAGAACAUCCAGCCACGUGCAACUGCAACUGGCAACUUCUACGACACAAAUCCAACGCGAGCAACUCGUCGAGAACGAGGAGAAAACGGAACUUCCCGUCCGACUAGUGAACUGGCGACGACAGCGACGACGCUGGAGGAAAAUCCUCUUCUGGGUCGGCGCCGUCGCCCUCUUUCUCGGCGUUUUCGCAUUAACUUUCGCAGCUCCAAAGCAAGUGGAGACGUUGGCGCCGAUCGUAUUGGGGGCCGGCUUGAGUCUGCUGUCGACGCUGCUAGUGCUCGUGUCGUUUCUAAGACGACGGCGAAUGAGGAGGAGACCCAACGAGCUGCUGGCGUUUGUGGCGCUGAGUGAGUUUGGCCUGGCGACGCUGACGCUCGUCCACGUCCUCACGUUGUGUAGUGCAGAGGACGGAAGUUGCCGUCCAAUGGGGAUGGCCAUGUGCAGCGUCUCUGCAGGUCUAGAGAUGUUUCUGUUGCUAGCAGGGGUGGGGUGGUUUGGGGCGGCAAUUCUGCAUCUCUUUGUGUCGGUCUCGAACCCUUUUGCCAGCUACAAGAGGCAACUCGUGCUCUAUCACGUGGUCGUCUGGGGUCUCUCGUUAAUUGCCAGUGUGGCAACCCCGUUGAUACUUUUCACGAGUCAUUCGCAAGACCAACCCCCACUCACUGACGUACAAGUUUGUCGCAUGGUGGCAUUGAUCUUGCCGUUGUUGCCGACGGACGCUGGCAAGUCUGUAGCUCUGCGAACACGCCGAUUGGCGCAAUGGCAGACGCUGAAUCUCGAGUUCUGGGGCUUGUUAGUCGCUAUCGUCGUGUUUGUAGUCGUCGCUGCUCAGCUGAGUCUCGUCGUGGGCUGGUGGCGCUCCAAUAGCGGCACGAUCAUCGCUCUGAAGGCUCGUCGUCGCCUUAUGAAGCGGAUGGCCAUCUACGUACACGCCCUCAACGCCAUGUGGCUCGUUCUCUUGGUCGUUUUCUUCGUCUAUCGCUCCAAUGCGAGCGCUCUAAGCUACGUACACGUGCAAAGCGCCAGUCAGCCCACAGACGGAGGGAUGAACAUUUUGAACGCCUUGUUCCACUUUGUACUAACGGGCAAAGGCUUCGUCACUGGCGUCGUGUGGCUCAGUGUCAAUAAGCCUUGCUGUGCAUUCGGCCUCGUGCUCUGUGGUCUGCAUCAAUGCAAAGACAGCGACGACAGUCCGUCGUUAGGACAGUCCGCGUCAGGAUCGUCCCAGUCCGCGUCCAUAUCCGGGUCUUGUAACCGAGAUAUCGGGGCGCCGAGAGCGAACCAGGCCGCGAUCCUGUCUGAAACAGUCGUGUCCAUGGAGGCAGGAGUGCUGGCUCCACACGAGACGCCCAUGCUGUCGCCGUCAUCGACUCUGUCGAACUUUGAGGCGCACGAAAGCGUGCGAGAGAGCAACGCCGUCCGGCCACACGACCCACACUCUUUACCAACAUUCUCAUCCGUGUUAGAACCAGCGGCGGUGGCUCGAUCGAGUCGCUCGUCCUCCUCGUCGUACGAAGCGUCCACCAUGGAGUCGUACGAGGCCUCGCAGAACAACGAAACACUGCAGCGCGAGAUUAUUUAUUACACGGUCUGUGGCAUCACCAAGGCCAUCAUUCGCUCGGCCGAGCGCGCACGAUCUUCCGCAGAGUCCGGAGCCGUCACGGGAGAAGAGAACGUCGCCAAUACACGAGAUCGCGACGCUGGAUUGGUGGAGACGACGCUGUUUGUAGGCGCCGAACGGGACUCGACACUCGUCAACAGCUCGUUCAUUUCACACGUGCAGAACGUGACGAUCCUCUCGUCUCCUCGAGCGUAUUGCGAGUCGCGCGUGUCACUUCCCGCCGCGUCUCUGCGUCGAUCGCUUCAGGUAGCGACGUUCGAGGACGACCGAGUGUACAGGCCGCGUCCGACGUCGUUCACGGCGGCCUCCACGCUGGAAUACUCGAGUAUCUGGCGUCAACCUCAUCGCCAGCACAGUCAGAGUCAAGAGAACCCAAGCGCGCGACUCAGUCUGACAGCGAGUAGCGUCAUGUUCCGCACGUUCCAGCAGCCAGGCAGGUUCUCGUUGUAUCCGGUCUCUCAAGUCCCUUUCGAGUUGUUCGAGCAGGAGAUUGAGCUGCAAAGCACCAGAUCUUCAGUCGACGAGCCCGCGGAAACGAGAUCCACACGCUCCGCCGUGUUCGCCGGCUUGCGUCGCACUGCCACGUCCGCUUUCAGUCAAGGACGAGGUGUGUUCCGAAGUCGAAGUGGCAGUACGGAACCUGCCGAUUCCUCGAGUACCGCGGUGACUCGGGAAUUCCUUCCGGACGAUCCGAAACCCAAAGUGUUUGUGGACUAUGCUCCACGUGAGUUCAGAGCGAUCCGACUGGCAUUCGGAUUGUCGGAUGAAAAAUACUUGGCGAGCUUCCGAACCACAGCAAAGGAGCGAGUAAGCGCGGGAUCAAGUGGCGCGUUCAUGUUCUUCUCGGGAGAUAACUCGCUGCUGGUCAAGAGUUUGAAGGAGAAGGAAUGUCGAGCUUUGGUGGAUAUGGCGCCAGCGUACGCGCGCUACCUGACAGCCAACCCUCACUCGCGUCUAAUCCGGUUCUUUGGCUGCCAUCGCGUUCGUCUUUACGGUCGCAACUUCUACUUCGCCGUCAUGUCGAACGUGCUGCAUAGCGAGCGUCACACGGCCACGAUCACGGAGAAAUACGACGUCAAAGGCUCGUGGGUGGAUCGUCGUGCGCGUCGUCCUCAACGCGGUGAUCGCGUCACGUGUGCGGAGUGUGACGCGACGUAUAUUUUCGACGAAGGGGACUCGCCCAUGGACACGGAUGAUGACCGCGUCUCGACGGAUGACCACAGCGUCCCGCAGUUCCCUUUCCAUGUCCAUCGUCCCGACAUCGUCUUGAAAGACUUGGACUUGGAACGCUCGCUGCAAUUACCUCGACACAUUGCGGUUCAUCUACACGCUCAGCUAGUUUCCGACUGUGAGUUCUUACGAGAUCUUGGGAUCAUGGACUACUCGUUGCUCAUUGGCAUCCACAAGUGCCACUUUCGACAGGGUAAUGCGAGUGGAAAUAGUGGCAUUUCGACCGACUUUGACGAAGUUUUCAACCGCGAGUUGCACUUGGAUGGCCCCAAUAGCGGCGUGAACCUUGCGCCUUUGGGAGAGAAGGAAGUGUACUUUGUGGGCAUCAUUGACAUUCUCCAGCAAUGGGACUGGGAGAAACAGUUUGAAAAGGCCGGAAAAGUGCUGCUGGGCAAGUCUGCGCGUGGGAUCUCGGCCGUCGCACCGAUUGCUUACUGUCGACGCUUCCAAGCACGUUGCGCCCAGAUUUUACUCGGAGGGCCAGCUCCAGAGACUCUGGAUCCGGAUACUGAAGUCGACCCGAAUACUGUGAACGCCAACGAGUCCAAGUCCCGCCCAAACUCGAAGAAUGUCAAGGAGAUGGCGAUGACCGACCUUAUCAGUGACAGUGCAUAA